AUGAAAUACAUUCAAAUUCAAGGUGAAAUCGCAAUAGCUUAUUCAUUAGUACAAAUGCUUCCAUCAAUAUCAUUGACAUUCACUGAACCAUCAGAAAUUGUUAUUUUAGAUAUUCAUGCAUUACAAAAUCAAUUUUAUUUUUCAUCAAAUAUUAUUGUUCGACUAGAAUCAACCGUUGAAUUAUUAUUCAACGAAUUAAAAGCUAAAGAAACCAGCAACGAAAUAUAUAUUAUUGCUUUUUCAGAUGAUGAAAGACAUAAAUGUUUUUCCUCAUAUAUUUGA